UUGAUAGCGUAGAAGUACUCGUAAGAUAGUCUAAGUUUUGCUCUUAAAUUUUUAGGAUGGCUCCCAAAGAGUCGGAAUGGGUGGAAUUGGCCCAAAAAAGGGCAGAAGAGAAGAAAACACACGUGACCUUUCCUCAGCUGAAGUAUCCUUCUCUAAGAGAUGAUAUUUCGAAGGACCCUGUUACGUGGCUGGCUGGAAAAGCCAUGGACGAUGGCGCCGAAGGGUUAUGGCGAGUUUACGAUAAAUUAUACGAUUUUACUAGCUUUAUGAAACGACACCCGGGGGGCGAAGAGUGGUUGGAGCUUACUCAGGGUACAGAUAUAACAGAAGCAUUCGAAGCGCAUCACUUAAACCCGACUACAGCUCAACUCCUGGACAAAUUUUACAUCCGAGACGCAACUGCUCCAAGAAACUCUCCCUUCACAUUCAAGGAAGAUGGCUUCUACAAGACUUUGAAGCGAGCAGUGUUCGAAGAACUGAAGAAUAUUCCCAAAGAUGUAUCCAAAGCUGCGGACAGAAUAACAGAUGCAUUAUUUGUAUCGCUAUUAUGCAGCUCUGCAAUGGCAGCGUGGGUGAAAAAUUACUAUGCAGCCCAUGUUUGGUACAUUUUCGCAUCUGUAAAUCUUGCGCUCCUGACAGUAGCGUGUCAUAACUAUAUUCAUAGGAGAACGAAUUGGAGGAUGUAUUUGUUCAACAUGAGCAUGUGGUCGUACAGAGAUUUCAGAGUGUCCCACGUAAUAUCGCACCAUCUCUAUACAAACACUCUAAUGGAUUUGGAGAUCAGCUCCCUGGAACCGGUUUUAUUCUACAACCCAAGGAAGGAUAAGCCUUUGUACGGCAAAUUGGGCUUUAUAACCGAAUUACUAUUUUUCCCCUUUGUGUUCUUUUUGAGCUUCUUUAAAAGGUUUUUCUCAGUGUUUCUUCGAAAAGGCUUCUUCAAAAAGCACUACCGCUGGCACGACGGCCUUGGCUUGCUCCUGCCUGUCUGUAUGUGGGUAGUCAGCGGUACUUCUGUUCCCCAUGUCCUGUACACUUGGUCCUGGAUAGUCUGCACUGGAAGCCUGAUAUUCUACAGCAUCGGAGUCAAUGCUGCUCAUCACCACCCUGACGCUAUUAAAGAUGGGGACCAACCAAGGAGUGAGACACCAGAUUGGGGAGAACAUCAAGUCGAAGCUCUCUUAGACAGAAAGGACGUUAACGGCAGUGUAUUCGCUGUGGUCACUUUGUUCGGUGACCACGCACUCCACCACAUGUUCCCUACACUCGACCACGCAAUCCUGAGAUACUUACACCCGGUCUUCGUGGAACUAUGUGAGAAGUUCCAAGCCAACUACAGGGUGUCCACGCAGUUCCAAAUGGUGCUGGGACAAAUUCAAGAGGUCAUGCGCACGGAUUUCAAAACUAGAAAAUGAAGAUUUGUCAAAGUGUUGUCACUUUUUAGUUAGAAUUUGUAUGUUGUUGUGUCUUUUUAUUGGAUGUUGAAAAUCAUUCAAUCAAGUAUCUAGUUAUGCACGUACUAACAUUUUUCAUAUUACUCCUAGAACAUGAGCUAUAGCAAAAUGAAUAUUAAGGCUGGAUUGCACCAUCUUACUUUAACAGUAACUAGGUAUAACAAUAAACGGUGUAUUUUUAUGGGAUUCGACAAACUCCAUACAAAAAUCACCGGUUAUCGUUAUCCUUAGUUACGAUCAAAGUUUGGUGGUGCAACUCAGCCUAAGAGGUAAACUUUAAGCCUUCUUCAUGAAUAUACAAAGUUGUAGUAGAUAAUGCAUUACGUACUUAUUUGUAGACAUCAUACAUAACUGUUUUCGCGAAAUGAAAGUUCUUAUUUACGAGUGUUGUAUCUCCCGAUAUAAUUCAAUAGAUAGAGUUAAGUUGUGACGUCAUUUAGAUAAAUAAUACUCAUGAAAUAAGGUUUUGUUACGUAACUACAUUUGGCAAAGCGCAAUAAAGGAGGAGACUAUCA